CUAUCUACUCUUACUAUUACUUCUCUCUACUUUCUCUCUCUAUAUACUUCUUCUCUUUUCUCACUUCUACUGAGGUGGGGCGCCUACCCCCUCAAAGUCAUGGCUGACGCCCCAAACCCCUUGGAUCCGAGUGACUCCCAGUCGCCCCGGGCUCAAACAAUUGGCGCCCACCGUGGGGCCAAGCAUGACUUUGAAAGACGCUUCCAACUCAAAGAAGGGGGAAGAAAGGAGUCCGGCACCAACGAAGACCCCUAUCAAGCAAGUCGUUAGUCGAGAAGCGAUCAACCCUCAACCACUCACCAUCCAAAGUUUGGAAGCAUCCGAUGACGACGAUCCAUCAGGAGAGGGAGAAGACACAGAGCGCCUGGAGGGCCAACUAGCGAAGCUUCGGGAAAAGCAAGCACUUCAAAUGGCCAGCACGCAAGGCCAACUGGAUCAAGUCAUGACCGCGUUGUCAGCACUAACAAAGGCAAACAAUCACGCGCCUCCCAAUCCCCAAAAAGCCACAGAGGAGAGGAGGCGCCUCCGAGGAAAGAUGCAAGAGGUUGAGGUGCUACCCAUGAACUCCCCACGGGAGGGUGUGGGCGCCUCACCCAACGAGGACGCAAUCGAAGCUGAUGACGAUGUCUACCUGGAGAAGUACGCCCGACUCAUUUACGGCGCCUCGGAAGAAAGAAGCGCCCUGGAAUUUUUGUAGGGGGAGGGCCGCCCUUUAAGUAGGCGUAACCCAAAGACACCCUAAGAGAGGCAAAAGCGUGCUAGGAGGAGUCCUUUUAUUCAGUUUAGGUUGGUAAUGUUAGGAAUUUUCGGGGAAAGGGACGCGCCCUGGCGAUACCCCAUGUAAUUCCCUAUUUUGCUCAAGGAACGGAUAUUCACUACUCGACAAUGCAAAGCUAUCCCUGUUUUAACAGAUGGAGUCACCCCAGACUCGCUUCCUCCGUCGAGGAGAAGCCUAAGCGUGUUACCACCUUCUCAGGGGUACACGUAAGAAAAAUCAAGUUUUGCUUAAGAUAGUCAUCUUAACAAAACCUUACCCGCAACCAGCGGAAGAGCCAUAGUGCUUACGCUCAGAUCUUCAUCCGAGCGUCGGGCGCUCGUUUUACGAGUCCCCAUGAGAGGUGGCGCCUUGGCCAUAUCCCUUGCAAAAUCCCUGCCUUGUCAAAAGGGGUCACCCAUACCAGCUUCCUCCGUCGAGGAGAAGCCUAAGCGUGUUACCACCUUCUCAGGGGUACACGUAAGAAAAAUCAAGUUUUGCUUAAGAUAGUCAUCUUAACAAAACCUUUUACCCUCAACCAGCGGAAGAGCCGUAGUGCUUACGCUCAGAUCUUCAUCCAAGCGUCGGGCGCUCGUUUUACGAGUCCCCAUGAGAGGUGGCGCCUUGGCCAUAUCCCUCACAAAAUCCCUGCCUUGUCAGAAGGGGUCACGUAAGAAAAAUCAAAUUUUGCUUAAGAUAGUCAUCUUAACAAAACCUUUUACCCGCAACCAGCGGAAGAGCCGUAGUGCUUACGCUCAGAUCUUCAUCCGAGCGUCGGGCGCUCAUUUUACGAGUCCCCAUGAGAGGUGGCGCCUUGGCCAUAUCCCUUGCAAAAUCCCUGCCUUGUCAGAAGGGGUCACCCAGACCCGCUUCCUCCGUCGAGGAGAAGCCUAAGCGUGUUACCACCUUCUCAGAGGUACACGUAAGAAAAAUCAAGUUUUGCUUAAGAUAGUCAUCUUAACAAAACCUUUAACCCGCAACCAGCGGAAGAGCCUUAGUGCUUACGCUUAGAUCUUCAUCCGAGCGUCGGGCGCUCGUUUUACGAGUCCCCAUGAGAGGUGGCGCCUUGGCCAUAUCCCUCGCAAAAUUCUUGCCUUGCCAGAAGGGGUUACCCAGACCCGCUUCCUCCGUCGAGGAGAAGCCUAAGCGUGUCACCUCCUUCUCAGGGGUACACGUAAGAAAAAUCAAGUUUUGCUUAAGAUAGUAAUCUUAGCAAAACCUUUUACCCGCAACCAGCGGAAGAACCUUAGUGCUUACGCCCGGAUCUUCAUCCGAGCGUAGGGAGCUCGUUUUACGAGUCCCCAUGAGAGGUGGUGCCUUGGCCAUAUCCCUCGCGAAAUUCCCUGCCUUGUCAGAAGGGGUCACCCAGACUCGCUUCCUCCGUUGAGGAGAAACCAAAACGCAUCACCUCUUUUCAAAGAGGCUACGCGUAAGAAAAACGGGUGCCUUAUGACGCCUUGAGGCUGAACCUGCAUUAUAAACAGGUGCAAGUAUCAUAGAGCGAUAAACAAGGUAAGGAGCU